AUGGACGCGAUGGAUUCACUGCAGACGAACGCCUUUAAAGGCGACAAGGACUGGCCUUUUACUGAGCGUGGUGACGCGCGGGAUGUGCUGCAUCAAGGGGAUCAGGGAGAGGAGCGCGAGGUGCACGAUAGCUCUCGUCACAGCAGCGUGAACGGCGACGCAGACCAAGAUAUGGACUGUUCGAAUACGCAAGUGCUGUUGCCAGAGUGUAUGAACGAUACAACAAAAGCGGGGAAAGUGGAGGAGCUACUAGUGAGCUCAUUGACAUUUCAGUCGCCUAUGGAAGAGCGUGCAUCGGCUGCCAAGACUCCAAUGAAGAGGGGUACAUCUCCUGUGAAGAAGGCUCCUGUACCUCUUGACGAAGCUCAUGCAUCUUCCGUCAAGGAUCAUGUCUCUACAGUGGAAACUAGCUCGUCGCUGGAUCUGAAACAGUCUUCGGAGAAGGCUCAAGCAUCUGCGGGUUCGUGCUUGUCGGCAGAAAAGACGUUACAAUCUCCUGUCACCAGCUCUGCCUCUGCUGCUGGUAGAUUGGAACGAGAAAAAGACGGGAUAGAGGCGAUCGACGACAACGUUGCUGAAGAGUAUCGUGCCGAGGGUGCCGAAGGAAAGUUUACGAAAGUGUUUCCGGCUGUGGCUAAGCUGGUCGAGGCAGGCGGCUGGCAGAUUGCUCAGGGUCAAAACACAUUGUUCUGUGCGAUGCCAGGCGUCCAGUUUUUCAACUUUAAGCCGAACAUUAACGUGUUUGACUCGAAAGUAAAGGCAUGCUGGAAGUUCAUACAAGUUGCAGGCGAGAAAGAGCUGGACACGGAGGACAACGAGCUUUGGGAGCUGCUCUGGCCAGUUGCGGAAAAAGAGUUCGGAUGGUUUACGAUGAUGUGUGGUGCGGAGACAUGGUUCGUCAAACCGAAUACCGAGUUCGAGAACUUUCGGCCAAACGAGACGAUCUUCCAGACAAAGAAGCGUGCGGUGCUCAAGUGUCUGGACUUGGAGGUGGGUGACAUUGACCUGGGCGAUUCUUCCGAGGGCCAUCAGGUCGUUGCCUUUGCUCCACGUAAGACGCAGCCGAGACCUGGUCCCAAAAGUGUCAAGACGUCACUAUUCAAGACCCCCUCACCAGGGGUAAAGGGCUUGAAGAAGGCUGUUUUGAGCUCAGACUCAAGUACCACGUUCAUCACUCCUGCGAAGCACGUGUCACCUGGUUCAGCUCUCGCCAAACGCAAACUUUCGUCCUCCGUUUCUCACGUGAGUUCGAAGAGCUCGACAUCGAACAAAAGAGCGAAAACGGGCGGCAGUGCAAGUACAAAGAAAGCGAAAACAAAGCGGAAAGCCAAGUCUACACCACACACGGGUCUGGACGCCGUCAAGCGAGACGAAUUCAAUUUCACGCCUCCUGCGUUUAGGUGCACUUUUGGAAUUGUGUACGCAAAGCUUCAGGAUGAGGGUUGGUACCACCGCAGUGGGACAUUCGAGUAUGAUUACUUUUCGCCAACCUACACGGACGCGACAAAGGAGAUAAAGGUCAAUUACUUUCAGUCGCAAGCAGACCUCGAGGAGUUUCUCAAGAUGAGUGGCACGUGGAAGCGUAUCGAAAACGAACUUCGAGAAGAGCACGAGACGGCGGUGGAAGAAGAGCGUGAGAGAGCUCUGGACCGACACCAUCAGCGGCUGGAGCAACAGGCAGCUCGGAAGCGAAACUUGGCAUUGCAUGGAGCUCCUACCUGCUGUGGCGAAGGCAAAGAAAUCGUCCAAGAAAGCAGCUAG